AUGGGUUCAAUUACUCCCGCUGCUCUCCCAUAUUUCGAAGUCCUUAGGGAUACCAAACCGGAGGACAACUCAUUGCCAGCUUUCAUGGUAUCAACAACCAGAGGUUUCCUUCCACGUACCGAACCUAUCAUCAGUCUUCCCUCCGAAUUUGACGCUCUGGAGUCUAUUCUCCAACGUAUGCCCAUUAAGACUCUUGAUGGAAAGCCAGGUCUCCUAGCUACAUUCACCCUUGGAGAGACAGUUCUCAAUGAGCUUCCAGAUCUUACUGGUGCUAUCAAUAAGUAUCAGGAUAACUUACCACUUAUGAAUGCUCUCUAUCGCGACUACAGUUUCUUGGCUAGUGCGUAUCUUUUGGAGCCUUGCCAUGAGAGAUUUCUUAAAGGUGAAGAGUAUGGACUGGGUAGACAGACUUUACCUAGGGUUAUUAGUUUGCCUAUUAGCAGUGCUGGCUUCAAACCAUUCAUGGAGUAUGCUGGCUCUUACGCUCUAUACAAUUAUCGCCUUGAGGACCCAGCCAAAGGCCUUGAAUAUGACAACAUUCGCCUCAUCCGUGCCUUUGAACAUGGUCUUGAUCACACUUCCAGUGAAGCUGGCUUUGUUCUCGUUCACGUCGAUAUGGUUUCCAAUUCCGGACCAUUAGUCGAUGGUGUUGUCAGUGCUUUGGAAGCAGUUGAGAAGCAUGAUCGGGAUUUGUUCGAGGGAGGCAUGAAAAAGGUCUUGGGGGCAAUGACUAAGGUUAAUGCAGUUAUGGAAGGCAUGUGGCAGAAAUCGAAGCCUGGUGAUUAUACCUCUUUCAGAACAUUCAUCUUUGGUAUUACCAGUCAAUCCAUGUUUCCACAUGGUGUCAUCUAUGAAGGUGUCUCUGAGGAACCUUUGAGUUUCCGUGGUGAAUCUGGUGCUAAUGAUUCUAUGAUCCCACUCAUGGAUAACCUCCUCCAAAUACCCAUGCCAACCACCCCAUUGACCUCCAUCCUCAAAGACUUCCGCUCUUACCGCCCAGGAAACCAUCGCCAAUUCCUCGAGCAUAUCCAAAAUGCCUCUCUAGCCGUUGAUCUUAAAUCCUUUGCCCUCUCCUCUCCUACCUCCACUGCUCUCUACCUCCUCUGCAUGGACCAAGUCCGUGAUUUCAGAUGGCGUCAUUGGUGUUUCACCCGUGAAUACAUUCUCAAGAAAACCUCGCAUCCUGUUGCAACAGGUGGCUCUCCAAUCGUUACUUGGUUGCCCAAUCAACUUGGUGCGGUUUUAGGCGAGAUGACGAGGAUCUGGAAGGAGAUGGGUAAUGAGGGUGAGGGAAUGGGUGAGUUGAAGGAACGUGUCAAGGAUGUUAUGGAGGCGGUUCUUAGACAGAAGGAUCAGUUGGAGAAGGAGGUCGAGAAGUAUUGUAAGGAGAGAGGGGUUAAUACUGCUGCUGCUGCUUAG